UUCUCUUUUUUUUUCCUUUUAUUUUGCUAAUAUAUAAUAAUAAUAAAAAUGAUUGCGAAAUUGCAAAAGAGAAAAAGUCACUUCGUGGCGAGUUUCUUUGCAAAAAGGUGGUUUUGUAAAGGUUUUCGAAUUGAAAUCACAAGCGAUUCACGUUACUCUCUCCACUUUCUAAAUUUCUUUCAUGUGGUGAUCAAGAGGUUGAAAUAUUUUUGUGUGUACAUUUUCUCUCUCUUUUACACUAUUUCUCUCCCUUUUCGACACUUUAGUGAGCAUAAACUACACUUAUGUAUGGAGUCUUAGACAAGAGGAAGUACAAUGAUGAUGAGGGCAUUUAAAUGAAUUUUCCCAAAAGAAGAAUCAAAACUUGAAGGUAUAAAGUUUUUGGGAUAUUUCGUAAAUUGCACCUCAAAAUGGGAUUCUCCGUACAACUAAAAGGGGUCACCAAAAGACAUAAACAGAGUAUUUAUGAUUUUUAAUAAAGCCAUAUAGUUGUCUUGUUCCAUAAAAUCUCUCAGUACGAGCACCGUGAAAUAAAUUUGGAGUCAGUGAAUAAGUUUUGGGGGAAUUUUUUAAGUCAUUUAUUAUUUAAAAAUUUAGUUGAAAAUAAUUCUGAAUAGAUUUGCUUCAAAAUUCAUAAGCCACGCCCCUCUUGUAUUUUAUAUUCCUUUUAAAAUGUAUGAAACAUGUGCGUAAUUGUUUCAUUCGUUAUUGCAUUCGAAUUAAUAGCUUUUGACAGUUUUAUUUUAUAGUUCUGACAUUUUUUAGGUACUUUUUUUAACGUUUGGGGCAUUUUUUUUAAACAAUUGACGUUCACUUCCUAACGUUGUAAGUUUCAUUUAAAUCGUUUGACGUUUACUUUAUAAUGUUUAAAGUUCAUUUUUUAUAAUCAAUAUUCCUUUUUUUUUUCAAAAUAUAACGUUUUUUUUCUCUAACGCUUUAAGUUUCUUUACUAGUUUGACAUUUCUUUUUAAUCAUUUAAAAAUCAUAUUUUUAAAUUGGUUUUAAAUACAUUUUAUGAGUGUUUCAAAAUGAAUUAUUUCUGUUCGGAAAUCAUACGGAUUUUAAGAUAAUAAAUCCUGUCAUAUAUUUCCCUACGAUUUGAAGACCUGAAGAAGAUUCUAGUUAAGAUCGACGUGUCUUUGAAAAAUUGAUUCAAAAAUUUGUAUAUCUGAGAUAGAACUUUUUCUAAUAUUUUUCAAAAUUUAGACUUUGAAAAGAAUUUUUUGAACUUUGAAAAAAAAAGUCUGACAAAACUUUCAAUAAAACCACAAAGCAGCAACAUUUUUAUGCUUAAUGUUCUCCAACACUCACACAGGUGUUGUGAACCUUCUCCGCACUGACGAAUCACGAAUACUUUCAGGUGGAAUAAAAAGCUCUCUCAUUGUAUGGAUUAAUAUGAUAUAGCUAUGUACGUAUAUAUACAAUGAAAAGUAUGUAAUACACACGCGAUGUGAUCUCUCGAGGUUUUUAGCUUUUGCAAAUGUAUUUGCUAUGUGUGCUGUGGUGCAGUGGUUGUGGCCACAUAAUGUUGGAAAGUUUUUCAACAACGCGAGGUGGAAAUAUCACUUCUUUUCUUCUGCCGCAGUGUUGAAGUUUAUUGUAAAAGCGGAUCGAGACCAAUACGAAUGGGUCACACACGGGUUUGUGGCUUUUAAAUGGUUUUCUCUCCCCGAAAAAAAAGAAAGAUUUUUGACGAAAAAAAAAAUUGAGAAAGACACGAGACGGUUCGAUGCCGAAUAUCCGGAAAGUUGAUUUCGUGCCCAAGUUUCGAGAGGAACUGUGCGUGUGCCAGUGACGAUUCCCAAUUCAAGCACUUUUAUAUCUACUCACAGAAAAUCCGCACAUUUAACCCCCACAUUUCGGUGGGUCUACACUAUCCACUCUCCCGUCGUGGUCUUUUGGUGGCUGCUGCACACAAGAAGUGUUGAGUUCGCGUGCGUUCACGGAGUGUGUGGAAAGUCGAUGGGUUGGGAGUUGGGUGCUAUGGUGGCGGAAACUCCCAAAGAAGAGUGUGUCUCACCAUCGUGAAGAGUGGAAGGAAAAUUCGUUUGAAAAAAAAAGAAGAAGAAAAGGCGAGAAGAGGGUUCGAAAUUACAACGAGAAGCAUAAAAAUCAAACAUUGGAAGUGAAUUUGUGUUUGUGGACAAAAAGUGAGAGAGAGAGGGAGGACCCCACAAACCCUCUCCCUUUGAGUUUUUCCUCUAAAAACUUUAGUUUUUUUUAAACUUCUUUGCUGAAGAAUAAUUUAAAAUAACUUGUGCGAGUUUUAUAUUUAUUUCUUUUUCUCAUGGGAAAUUCCCUCAUCGUCAUCAAAGUAUAUACCAGCAAAUUUUUGGGUGAUUUCAGUGGAAUUUUUGCAAUUUAAUGAUCAUCUCAAAGACUGUGUGGCGUGACGUGGUGCUGAGUUGAUUUUUCAACAAUAUAUACUAAAACACUUUUCACGUUGAAAUACACCUUCAAAGAAAAACCUGUGUGGAAAAAUUCAAUUGUGACUCAUAGUGUUGCAAUUUGAAAGGAAGAAAAAGAAACACAAGCAACACUCUUAAAGUAAAUCUUUUCCACGACUUAUAUUCAUCCAACAAUACUCAUUAAAAUUUAGAUUUCUUCACUCAAAAACUUCCAAAGGUAUUUCAUUGGUGCAAAAAAAAACAACUUUUCGGAUGUGAAGAAAACCAACGAACAGUGUGGAAUUUUCGAACCACAACGUCCCAAAAAAAUUGAAGCAUUUCCAAAAGUAAAAAAAAGUGAUAUAAACUCUUGAAAAUUAAUUAUUUUAUUUUUGUGUGGAUAAAAUCAGUACCAAGAAAAUCAUGUGGAAUUGAAGUUUUUUUUAAUUGCACCCACCAUUGAGAGACUAAUUAAUUAGAAUAAAUUGAAUUAAAAAAUCUAACUGUGCUCGUGUUUUAAAACUUAUAAUUUAAAUUUUCUCCCUGAGAAAGAGAAGUGGAAAAAAAGAAGAAUAUAACUGUUAGAAUUGGUGUGUUGCGCGCGCGUCUUCAAGAGCUCGAUUUACAGCUAUUCAGCAAUCUUCAAGUCCCGAUUCCCAAAUGGAAAUGGAUGAUAAUGAUAACUUUUUGGAUUACCAAAAAAUGAACUUCUCCCCGUUUACGACCCAAUUCGCCAGUGCUCUACCUGCAAAUGCCGUCAAUCAAUUCACAGCGGCAAAAUUUACACAGAACAUUACAACGGCAAAUGGACAGGUGGUCGGAUUGGUGUCUGGAGGGGAUGGCGGAGUUCAUUACCUCCGGCCGGUGGAAAGUGGGGCGGCAUUCCCCGGGCAGACACAGACGACGACAACAUCGAAUAGUCUGCAGCAAUCGCAUCAGACACUCAUAACGCUCCCGAUCACGAUGCCGGGCGCAAAGCCGGGAGAUGCGCAGCAAACGGUACAGAUACAGGUGGUUAAUCCCAAUCCCAUUCAGCAACAGCCCAAAUUCCAAAUGGGCCAAAUGCAGAUUCCCAUUCAGGGGCUUCAGCAGGGUACAACGGUACUUACGGUGGCCUAUGCUCCGCAAGAAGGGGAUAUCCUGCAGAAUCAUGGGCUACCGGAGGGGAUGACGGUUGUGGCGGCACUUCAGCCGCAAGAUCUUCAACUCAUUGCUCAAGCACAAGCAGCACUCACGUCACAGGCUCAGCAGCAACAGCAGCAGCAGAAUACUCAACAAAAUACGGGGUCCCAAACAACGGAGCCCAGCUCCAAAGAUACAGAGGAACAAACCAUUGCCAAACCCAUUCAAAUAAAACAGGAGCCAGUGUGGCAGCAGAAUCCGGUUUCGAGUGCCAGUGCCUCCACGGAUAUUUCGGAGUACCUGUCGCGAAUCCCAACGCAGGAGCUACCACUGCACCUGCAUCACUUCCUCAAAUUCAACGCGGAAACCAUUAAACGUGAAUCUCAAGUGGAGAAUAGUCCACUAAAUGGGGCAAUAAUCAGCUAUGAUUACUCGGGGCAGCAGCAGCAGCAGCAACAGCAGCAGGUGGAUGGGAAUCAGGUGCAGCAGCAACAGGAAGCUCAUAGUCAGGAUGCGAGUGUUGGUACGGACAUCCAGGGGGACAUUCCAGCAGCGGGUGAGGGCACGGAGAAGACCAAGAAGAAGCGACGGUACAAGAAGAAACCCCCAAAACCGAAACGUCCCAAACCGGGGCAGGUACACAUUGCAACAGCACUCGAUGGGACAAUUCUUUUUUGCUGCCCGGAAUGUCAUCGUGCCUAUCCGGAGAAGGAGAACCUCGAGCAACAUUUAUCCGUCCACAAAAUUGAAAGGAGAUUUAUUUGCGAUAUUUGUGGUGCAGGACUAAAGAGGAAGGAACAUUUGGAGAGGCAUAAAUUGGGUCACAAUCCAGAUCGACCCUAUAUCUGUAGUGUCUGUAUGAAGGGCUUUAAGCGCAAAGAGCAUCUAAAUCUUCAUUUUGUCAUUCACAGUGGGGAAAAAACGGAGAUCUGCGGGGAAUGUGGGAAGGGUUUCUACAGGAAGGAUCAUUUGCGGAAGCACGCAAAGUCGCAUGCAAUGAAGAGAAUGAAGGAGGAACUAAGUGCGCAAGCGAGUGCAGCUGCUGCAGCGGCUGCAGCCUCAGCAGCAUCGUCAGGUAGCUCCAUUGAGACCAUUGUGCCCGCAGUUUCAAUCACGGCCAUCCCAACGUCGGUUUCUGGAUCAAAUUCACAACCAUCCGAUGCGAGUGGGGACACGGAAAUCACGUCGAGGGUGGAAACGUCCACGAUUCAAACAUCCGUUUCAAAUCCCGUAACUUCGGGCACCAAUACCACAAUCAUUCAUGUACCAACAAGCAACAACACAACUCUACCUGUUCAAAUUCAACUCCCCCAACUUGUGGCCACCACAGCGACGGAGAGUUCAGUGUCAAAUGUCGGCCUACCACCAACUACGUCGUCUCUUCUCUAGAAUAGACAAAAUAUGGGGCUAAAAAGGAGCCCCAGAUAAGGGGAGAGGGUUGUUAGCUCAUAGUGAGAUGGCCGCCAGAGAUGAGGCUUCAAUGCAGAUUUUCCUUUUUUAAAACGGAUUAAAAGAAAAGUUGAAUGAAAAUCCAAGAAAAAAAAAACGGAUUUUUAAUGACAUUUUAUCAAUUUAUUAAUGGAGAUUAUUCUGAAAGACAAAUUAUAUGAGAGAAUUUUCAUACGAUUUAAAACUGAUAUAUAGAAGAGAAUUAUAUAAAAACAAAAAUAUAUAUUUUGUGGAUUUGUAAGUAUAUAGAAAUAAGCAGAAAAAAACAUGAAGUGAAAAAUGAAAUAAGCCGAAAAGGCAGCUCUGUAAAAAAUUUCCAAGAAUGGAUUUAAUUUAAAUUUUACCUUAAGUAUUUUUCUAAGAUUUUAUCUUCUACAAGAAGAUUUUUUUUUAAAAAUAUUAUUUCUCUGAAUUUAGUAUUUUUUUCAUUUGUAGUUCAUUUCCUAAAAAACAAUUUUCUUGAAAAUAAGCAAAACGUGGUAUUAGAGCAUUCUCAAUAGUUUUUUCUUUUCUCACUUUUCCUCACACUCUGUUUAUUUGUUUUUCUUGAGAUUUUCCUUUUCUAUUGUGAUUUAUGUAGUUAUAUUAUGAAAAUUUUAAAAUUUUGGGAAGCUCUAACAUUCCAGUUGGAAUUUGUAAGUUUUAACGCGCCCGGGAGAGCUUGAAGCUCGUUAGCGAUGGAGAAGCUUACAGAAGUUCCAACACAAAAACAAAGCGAGAACUUUGAGAAACAAAGACAAAACUCGAAAAAAUGAAUACAAAAAAACAUGAACAAAUUGUGUAGAAAAAGUUGAUACAAAAAGCUCUGUAAAUAAAGUUUAUAGAAAUUCAAUAACAAA